CUGGGGCUGUGGUGAGGACCUGGUCCUCGUGUGUGAUGCAGAGGGUUCGUGAUUCCAUACGCCUGGAGUCCUGGUAGCUGCGGCGCCGAGGGGCGAGAGGCGGGUCUCCGAGAGCCCUGCGACGCACUGUGGUUCGGGGGAAAAGGAAAUCAUGAAAAAUAAUUGUCUGAUGGAGGGAGCCUGCUGACCGAGUGCUUCAUGCUGACUUUCCUGGGCAGGUGACUGAAACAUCUGGUGACCUGAAACUUUCUCUGCUCUUACGGGGAAUAAGGGGUCACCUCUGAGGCCAGGUAGCAAAUCUCUGAGCUCAGUAGUUGAGUCAUGAAACUUCUAGGAAGAUGGUGGCAUUAUUUUCCCUUGGCCUUGGGGAAGCUUAUUUUAUCCCCAGCCCCUUGGAUCUUCCUUUCUCAGUGAUUACUGCCAAUUUGGGUCACAUUGUGAGAGUUCAGGGCCUGUUUCUGUGUCAUUUGUAGGGGGACACCUGCUGUGGAGAGAGUUGGCACAGUAUCAGGGUCACCGAGGGGCCUGGGCUGGUGUGGGGGGCACGAGCUUCAGGCUGUAGUUUGUAGCUAGGAUGAACUCCUGUGACAACACCAAGAAGAGAAGAAUACUUUGCUCUCACAACGUCCUUACGGACAUUUCCUCACUUAGCCUUCCAACAACCUAUGGUCAAGGAAAAAACAGGAGCCUUGAAACCCAGCAGACAAGGGUUUCAAGGGUUUCAGACUGGGUCCUAAGGCUGGUGUUUAAUCUUCCUGAGCCUCAGUUUCCUCAUCUGUAAAAUGGGGAUGGUAACUGCUCACAGGAGCUAAGGGGUUCAUGUGUUCAUGGGUUCCAGUGGGGCGUCUGCUCAUAGCCGCUCUUCAGUAUGUUCUUACUAGCUUGCAUGCCUUUCAGAUGAGACAACUGGGUCCUACAAAUGCCAAGUGAUUUGCUCAAGGCGCCCUACUUCAUAAGAACUGGAGUCUCGGCCACCGCUCGGUGAGCCUACCGCUACGUCUAAAGUAGCUGGUGCGUGGGGUGCACUCGAGCCAGCAGGGGACGUGUGACUUCCGCUUCUCCCAGGAGUGCCUGCUCAGAAUGGCCGUGAGGUGGUUCUACUUGUCCUUCUACGCCCUGUGGCUCCUGGGCUUGAUGUGCGUCAUCCUCACCAUCUACUGGAUGCAGCUGUGGCACGGGGGCUUUGCCUGGGAUGGCACCAUUCACAUGUUCAACUACCACCCAGUGCUCAUGGUUGUUGGCUUAGUGGUGCUCUACAGCGCUGCCUCACUGGUGUACCGGCUGCCGCAGUCCUGGGUGGGGCCCAAGCUGCCAUGGAAGAUGGGCCACGCGGCCCUGCACCUGCUGGCCUUCAUCCUGACGGUGCUGGGGCUGGUCGCCGUCUUUCAGUUCCACCGCUGCUCCAAGAUCCCCAACCUCUACUCCCUGCACAGCUGGCUGGGCAUCGUCACCGUUUUCCUUUUCGCCUGUCAGUGGUUCCUGGGCUUUGUCGUCUUCCUGCUGCCCUGGGCGUCCGAGUGGCUGCGCAGCCUCCUUAAACCCGUCCACGUCUUCUUUGGAGUCAUCAUCCUCUCUCUGUCCAUCGCUUCGGUCAUUUCUGGCAUUAAUGAGAAGCUUUUCUUCAGUUUGAACAACGCCACCAAGCCGUACUCCCAUCUGCCCAGUGAAGCCAUCUUUGCGAACAGCCUGGGGAUGCUGGUGGUGGUCUUCGGGCUCCUGGUGCUCUAUAUCCUCCUGGUUUCGUCUUGGAAACGCCCAGAGCCAGGGACCCUGACUGAAGGACAGCCCCUGUUGCGUGAUGGGGAGUGACGCGGGAAGGGGCAGCCAGGAGCAGGUGGAGGUGCUGUCCUGUCCCUCAGCAGCUCUGCUCUGCCUGGGGCUCCCGUCUGGCUUCAGCAACAGAUCACCUUGGGCUCCGGGCCCAGACCUCUUCGUGCCUCCACGUGGGGCCUGCUCCCUCCGCCACCGUGCCACCCGCUGGCUUCGCUUGGCAGCAUGGGCUUCUGUCCUCCUUCCUGGCCUCAACUUCUCGGUUCUUUAUUUACAUACGUCUCCCCUCCCCAGCCCAUAGCUGCUCCUGCCGUCCCUGCUCUCCGUGUGAAGUCAAGCUCAUUUCCCCUUUAGACCCCUAGGAUGUGGUAGGAGAUCUCGACAGCUCAGCGGAGCCAGGACUCAAUCGGCAUGUGCAAAGUGAGGGAGGCAGCGAGGUCCAGCAGCUUCCCCUUAAAGUCCUGCCUUCCAUUUGGGCCGCCCCCACCGUGGGCUGGGCAUCAGCCGCCGUUACCUCCAGCCGCCCAGCCAGGCGUGAGGCUGGGCACAGACAUCUCGAGGUGACGGAAGGAGAGUGGGGAGAAUGGCAGUCGAGCGGGUUCCUAGAGAAGUCGGGGAGCUGACUGCCCUUUGCCGUUCUGUCUCAUGUCGCCACAUUCCCUGUCUGCCUGGGCUGACUGGGUGGCUCCCCUUUGCUGCUACAGCCCUGGCCUAGAUUCUGGCCUUCGCCUAUGACCCCUGCACGCACCGGUCACGGCCAGGCAGCCCGACGAACCCUGGUAGCCUGCUCUCCCAACAACAGGCUGUCCCCAGAUGUCCUGGAGCACUGAGCCCCAGGGGGGGCCUCACACUUCCUUUGCUACCCCUCGCUGGACCAGGGCUCCCCUGCCUGUCCCCGGACAUGCUGGCAGAGCCCCAGCCCAGCUGAUUUUCACUCUCCAGCUUACCAUGAAACAAGCCAGAGCUGUGAUGCACCAUGCCCAGCAGAUCCCUGGGGCCACAGCCACUUUCCAAGGUGCUCCCUGCUGAGUAUCGGGCUGCCUCAUGCCGAGGCCAGACCUGGUCUCCUGUUAUGCCAGGGGGUGAGCAACUGCUCGCAUCUCGAGAAGCUGGGCUUGGGGUGCUGUGGCUUCCCCGCCCUAUCCCAACGAGCCCUGCCAGGUCCCAGGCUCCAUACUGCCGUCCUUAAUGACAAGCAGCAGGCGCCUGAGGGCUGGGGAGAACUUCCCCUGGCGGGUGGAGAUGAGGCCGACUCUCCACCCCAACCCCACGUGGCCUGAUGGCAGGACUGACUGGACUUCCUGAGGGGAUGAAGCCUUUGAAGCCAUUGGGAUGACUGCCACACACCUCAGUCAACAUGACCAGCGCCCCCUCUUUCCGUGGGGGGGCCUGUAACCUGAAGCUUGAUUUCCAUUUAUCAUGUUUUUAAGAAUCAAAGCCUUCUCUACUGUGCUGACGUGACACGGUGGCUAAAUGUGCUCUGAGAAACUUAUUGAAAGCCUCUGGACAGUUCUGACCCUCAGCCUGAGGAGGAACAAACCCAAAGACACCGAAAAUCC